CUGUUGUGAUAGCUGCCUUGACGCAGCUCCAUACAGAUGCCUGCCAUCACUGUACCUGGAUGAGACGCUCCUGCAUCCAGCUGGGUUUCUCGCACCGUACCGCCGUGUGUCAGGCAGGGGACAGGAAAGGAGGACCGGGCGGCCGGGGAGAUACUGAACCAUCGGGUACCGUGGAGGCUGGAUAAAAAGAUACAGGUGUCCGACGAGACCCGGUUGCUGCCUGGCGACGAGGAAAGGGGGGUCUCUCCGCAUCUGUUGCCUGGGUGAAUUCAUUAACACGUUAGCAUCAAGCUAGUUAGCCUAAUUUGCAGGUACAUAACACAACGAGGUGUAAGUCACCGUUACACCGAAAAUCACGAAUGUCAUCUUUGGUUUUUAGGUGACAGCGCUCGACAUGAGUCUUUGGUAAAAACCGGUUUCCGUUACGGGGCUAUGUAUUAUGUUUAGAGGAAAGGACGGACCUAAAGGUGUAGGAAUGGGUUUCAUGUAAGUAUAGGGAGCUAACGGGAGCUAGCAGGCUAGCUUCAUGGACACAGUGGUAGGCUAUGCGGCUGCUGCAGCCCGCAGCCUGUAGCUACACCCUGCGAGCUAACAUGGAGUCUAUGUUCCGCAUGAAGCCUCACGGUGUCACAUGCAUGCAUACAAUGAUAACAGGGCAUUCGAUAGUCAGCUAGAAGGCCGACGCGAAAAUGGAGUCUUUUCUGCAGAUAGCCCCCCAUUCACUGGCUAUAGUACUGUCCAGGGUUGGGGCUGGGGAUGCGGGGGGGGCGGCCGGGGUGUCAGAGAGCGAUGCGCUGCCGAGACACCACACCGGCUAUGAGAUUUUUGCCGACUUUAAAGCAGAAAAUACCCAGCAUCAUGUAUGGAACCAGAGGAUUACUGAGGCUGUGUCCGAGACCUUCUUUCUGGGAUGGAUAGAUGAGCAUGUGCUGCUGAUCCAGGGGAAGGAGGACCACCUAGAGGUGCUGAGGGAGGGAUGGAUGCGGAGGUCCCUCAAUCCGCCACGAGGAUUUACCAUCAAAUACCUGGGUGAUGUUUCACCCAUCAGUAUGUCCCCCAUCAGCCAAUCCCAGUUCAUCCCUCUGGGAGAAGUGUUGCUAUUGGCUAUCUCUGCUAUGAACUCUGCUCACAAGGCUGUCACUCAGGAGGCCCUCACCGAACACCUGCAGACAUGUUUCCCAGGUGUUCCCACACCAACAGAGGAGGUUCUGCACCACACGCUAAGCAUGCUGGUCCGUGAGCGGAAGAUCUACCCAACCCCCGAUGGAUAUUUUAUCGUAACCCCCCAGACGUACUUCAUCACACCGAGCCUAAUCCGAACCAGUUCCAAGUGGUACCACUUAGACGAGCGAUCCGCUGACCGCCACCAACAGCAGCAGCAGCAGCACCAGAACCAGCAGCAGCAGCACCAGAACCAGCAGCAUCAGCAGACACAGUGCACCUCCCCCCUCUCUGGCACCAUCACGCCCUCCACCUCUGGAGCCGUACGAGAACGAACACACCCAAAGUCCAGCCAGAACCACAGUGGGGGUGGAGUUGGGGAUCCUUUUUACAACAACAGUUACCGUGGAGACGACCCCCCUAGCCACCACACCACCCUGCAGCGUCGAUCUCCCAAAGACCACCGGGAAGCGUACUCGUCUCCGCAUUCCCCGCAUACCCCUCCUCAGCCAGCAGGAAGCAACGCAGAAAAGAGUCGCAGCACCCUUGGGUUCCCCUUCAAGACGGACACGCUCACAAAGCACCGAAGUGGGGGAGGGGGAGGAGGAGGGGGAGAGAUAGAAAAACCAGCAGGUGGAGGAAGUGGGACAGGAAGUCGGAAAUUUGGUUUGAAGCUGUUCCGUCUAAGCUUUAAAAAGGACAAGACCAAGCAGCUGGCCACCUUCUCUGCACAGUUCCCGCCUGAAGAGUGGCCGCUGCGGGACGAGGAGACGCCCAGCCAGCUGCCCCGCCAUGUGGAGAUGGAGAUCAUCCGCAGAAUCAACCCUGACCUCACGGUGGAGAACCUCGCCCGGCACACAGCCGUCAUGAAGCGCCUCGAGGAAGAGCGUGCUCAAAGGAGCAAAGCGUCGUCAGCCAAUCAGAGCUCAAGGAGUAGGAGAAGUGGGGGGAGACACAGGAAGCAGUCUCAGACCAAACUCAGUCGCUCACAUAGCAAGACGAGGGCGUCCCGCGGCGAGCCGAGCGACCUGGAGCUGGACCGGGACUACAGAGCCUACUCGUCCUCGCUGGCUCGAUCACCUAGGGAACACGCCCUGGCCAUGGAUCGGCAGCGAGCCCGCCUCCACCUGGCACACAGCAACCCCAACAUCCUGGAGUCCUCCCACCUGCCUGUUACACCAGAGUGGGAUGUGUCCGGGGAACUUGCCAAGCGGCGCACAGAGAUGCCUUUCCCAGAGCCGAGCCACGGUCCAUCAGCCCACCACUCCAAAGUCCACCGCUCCCACUCCCACACCCAGGAGAGGAAAUCGAGAAACGAGCGCAGUGACAAGGCCAAGGAGCGCUCCAGGUCCAUGGACAAUUCUAAAGGACCUCUUGGAGCAGGGUUGAUUGGCCCACCUGAUUAUUACGACGAGCGGAGCCGGUACUAUACUGACGAUGGCACACUGCGAGCCAAUCAGAGCACUUCUCACUACUCUCGUGCCACCCCCCCCUCGAAUAAACUGCCUGCAGAUUCUCUGGGGUUGGAUGGUGGCAGGAGUUUAGAGAAGAGUAAGAGCAGGGACACCCUGCCUGCAUACUCACCCAAACCCCUGCUCUGCGCCCUCCCACCCGACGAUUACUUCCAGUGCUCAGGGUCCUCGGAGACGGCUCUCAUAGCAGCAAACUCCCUGGGGACCCUGGGCAGGAGCAGCCAUGAUGGACUGAAGCUAGGCAGCGCUGACAGACAGACACCCCAUCCCCUCGAAAAUAAGGAGGACUUGUCAAAGUUGGGUCCUAAGGGUGGCAGUCUGCCUCCAAUACCCCUCUCCCUCCCUGACCCCCCUCUUCCUAAUGGCAGACCUCCCCACAGUGCCUCCUCGGGUCAGGAGAAACGUAAGGAAAUCUUUAGUAAAGACACACUCUUCAAACCCCCUCCCAGCCUCCCCCUGCCUGGCUACAGCUCCCUUAGAAAAGCCCCGGCCCUCGCCUCCUCUACUUUGUCCUCGUCCUGCGAUGCUCUGGAUUCCCAGGAGGCCUAUGAUGCCCCCAAGCCUCUGGUGGCCACACCGUCCGCCCCCCCACAGGGGAUUGAACCCACUACCAGUGCUGCAGAGGCCUCCUUUGACUACUACAAUGUCUCAGAUGAUGAUGAACUAGAGGAGGGUGGGACUAAAAGUCGAGGAGGGGCCGAGAAUGCUGGAGGGGGUGUUGCUGGGAUGGGAGGCGGGGGGGCAGGGACAAUGCAGUGGCUGUUGGAGAGGGAGAAGGAGCGGGAUCUACAAAGGAGGUUUGAAAGAACUCUCACCUUCCCUGGUGUUAAAGAAACCCUUCCAGAGCCCAGUCAGAACCAGCAGUCGGCCCACUCUGCUCGACUGGACAGCAUGGACUCCAGCUCCGUCACUGUGGACAGUGGAUUCAACUCACCACGGACCAGGGAGAGCCUGGCCUCCAACACCUCCUCCAUAGUGGAGAGCAGUCGUCGGCAGAACCUGGCUCUGAGCCCGGGACACCUCGGCAUCGCCACCGGCACGGGCCCCCCCUUCUCCUUCCGCGCCAUCCCAGAACCUGCAGGCACCCAACCGGAGAAACUCCAGAAGCCUAGCGCCUGCCUUGCAUCAAUCACCAGUGUCUAGGAGCAGGACUGAGGCUGGGUGCAGCACUGGGACCCCCCCCCCCCCCCCCCCCCCCCCCAAAGGACUGUUACAUCUACAGACUGCGGAACUGAACCAGUGUGCUGCCACAGGCCCGCUGUGGAACUACAGCUAUUAACACACACACACACACACACACACACAUUCAGACAGACACAAACAGAGCGGUUUAGGCCAACAGGAAACUGCUCUCGCUCUUUCCUUUCUCACAAACACACACCAGGCCACUUGGCAGACUCUGACCAUGUCAUUAUACAGCCUUUAGUUUACACACUACUGUUGUGUCGUUCACUUUCACGUGGGUACUAGUGUGUGUGUGUGUGUUUGUGUGUGUGUGUGUGUGUGUGUGUGUGUGCGUGCGUGCAUAAUAUGUAAUCUCAGGUCAUGUUAUAUCCACUCUCAUUCCAGCUGCUCCAGAUCAGUGCAUCUCCCUCUAGUGGUGUCUCGUGGUGUCACACACUGAAGAGGCGCUGCUCCUCGUACUGUUACUGAUGGUACACACACACACACACACACACACACCACUGAUCCAGCUGACUCACCUGUCUCUGUUAGCGCCUCUCUAAACUCACCACUGGCAGACACUUUGCAAGGUGCAGCGCCACAACAAACGACACUGAAUACUCCACCACUGCUCCAAAGUGCAUCAACAAUGUGAGGGGAUAGAAAAGCUUUUUUACUGUAACUCAUUGAAGCUGAACAUGUCUUGUAUCUGUUGGAUGCCAUGAUGCCCGUGUGACUGCCUGAACACUGCAGUGCUGUCGAUGUAUGGACAGCUCCAGGGAGGACACGUUGAUUCCACACUGUUUGGGCUUUGAUGGGGACACAUCUUCUUCCACUUUCUCUGUUAUGUUAGCCCUCAUGUCCACUGGGUGCAGCUUCUUCCUGUUCCAGCUCUGUCAGGACAGGGGCCGCCGGUCACACACUCUUUUCCCGCCACUAUCAGAACAGAUAAGUACGGUGGCCCAGAGAGCUCAAAGUACUGCACAGCUCUCAGGGCCACAGUAGAGAAUACUUUAUACAUUUCUGAGGAGAACUGUACAUGUUAAAGCAGCAUAGAGAAAAACAAAUAGACACUAUUUGAAAGAAAUACUAAAUAAAAUUGCCAUGACAUCAAUAAAAAGGAAUAUUCAGAAUAUACAUACCUUACACAAAGUAAACGAGUUUAUAUAUUGUAUAAAUGCCUAUAUUUAUUAACAUUGAACCUGAAUCUAAUAAUUAACGACAUGCUGCAUAUUGUUAUUUUGUCUUAAUGUACAUAUGGCAAAACUAUAGUAUUUCUUUGUUAAUAGAGCCACUUUGCAGCGGUGUUCAGAUAUAAGCUCCUGAGGUCCUAUACUGAUCCAUGCUGAUCUAAACUGAUAUAGACCAACGUUGACACGUCAGUAGACGCUAUUAUAUUGAGUUUAUUCACAUUUAUUCACUUUCAUUACAUUGGCAAACAGUUGUCAAUGAGCAGCUACGUUUACACUAAUACCUGAGUAAGGCCUUCAGGGUUUCUGAACUCUUCAGCAGCUCGGAGGCUGGAAACCUCAGAGCAGGAACUCGAUCAACUUGUAUGACUCAAAGAGCACACAGAACAUUUGAAAAGAAUUAGUUUGGUUUCCCACCAUUGCUUCUAUUUCUAUCUGGUUGAAGUGAGAGGAAGUGUGAGGCUGCAGCCAGUGGACCUGAGGAGCAGCAUUAUCCCUGCUCAGCUCCACAGCUAAGCGUUGCUAAGCUAACAGUGAGUUGCUUCUGUUUGGGAAGAGUUGGGAUUUUUUAAAGCAGUAAAUAUCACUGACCAGUAAUUGGUUAGUACAUUUUAAAUGAAGUGAAAUUUGGAUUCUCUGCAUCAGGAGUACACGUUGAUAAGGAGCAGCUGUGUGGCACUCGCGGGGCUGAGCGUCCAACAGAGAAUAUGAGAUCCACAAAACUCAUCCAGACCAGUAUUCUACACAACAAGCAGGGAUGUGACUUUGUUUUGAUUUCAGUAUUUCUUUAGUUUACAUUCAUUUACAUUUCUAUCAAGUUCAUGACUACUUGAGUUUUCUUCAAACUGUUUGGAUUAAAUCCUUGAGCCACUCUCACUCCUGGUGCUAAAAUGUAUUAUGGUCAGUGACGACCAUGAUAAUAGUCAUAAUAAAAAGGGUGAUGAGAGAGUUGGAAUAUAGUAAAGGGUUGCUUUCACGUGUAUAAUAUGUUUCACCUGCAUACUUUGGCAAUGGCCAUUUCGUCCCUUCUGUAAAGCAUGGGUGACCCGGCCUGGGAUUACAGUGAAGGAUGCUGGGGCUCCGCUGACGAUGGCAUGGGGGGGGGGGUGGAAUGAGACCACAUUCCAAAUGUAUGGUCUCAUUUUAACCAGUUCUGCAGCCCUAUGGGUCAAUUGUUUCCCAUCCUCCUAUAGGCUCAGAGAGCUGUCCGUCAUCUCGUCAUAUUGGCUCCUCUACAACUACCUCCACAGCAGCAAAAACACAGCCCGUCCUUUCUACUACACACUGUCAUCAGCCUCUAGCCUGUGAAUGUCUGCAAACACACACACACACACACUAACAUGCUACACAUCAAAGUGCUGGACUCCCUAUCGUUUCCCUUUCUUCACUAACAACAUUUCUUCUUAUGUUACAUGAAAGCAUUGUGGUUCAGCUGCAUCCCCCCCCCCCCCCUGUCCUGAUCCUAAAAGAGGAACGUAGACCCAAGAAGUGUUGGCCUUCUCACCAAUGUAACAAUAUGUCCUGACAUACAGCUAUGCAAGCUAGACCGCUGUGACGAGGCACAAAGAAGUACAAAUCAGAUCCAGUGAGGAUGCACACAGGAGGACUCCACGUCUCCAUGUGCACACACUCUGUCGGUCUGCAGGACCCCCAGACCUGAGCUGCAGGGGAAGGGACCCUCAAAGUGUAUCUGUUAGUAUCCAUCAGCGGUUUAGUAUGCCUGGAACAAACUUUACUACAACGUUGUCUGACCCCCCCCCCCCCCCUCUUUUAGUGAUCUCAAUUUCCACACUGGGAGUUCUGAGUACCAUCUUAAAGGUUUACUGUUUCCUGAUCAAACACCUACAUUGAAGUUUACUGACUUUCCCAAAGGACUGAUGUUUCUGUUCUUGAAAUAUGAUCACAGUUCUAUCAAUUUUGUAACCUCUGUUCUACAAUUGAAAGAUAUUUACAGUCUGCUCCAUAGCUGUUCAUGGUUUUUACACCCUCAGGGUGCUAGGUACUAAAAUCCAAUUGGGGACCAAAACACCCAGGUGUCAGUACGCCUCAGCUCUCUGUUCUGGCAUUAUAGCCAACGGCCUACAAUGUCAACAGGCUUCUGAUGCUGAUUAAAGGCAGAACAGGUCCAAUCACAAUGAUACCAUCUUAUCCCCUAAUCUAUCUAUUGUGUGACUUCAGAAAGAUGUUCUGUUAGUCAUGGUGGAGUCUCUGUUCCACUUUUUCCAUUGAGAGGAGCCCACUACCUACAAAUACUCUAUUUCCAAACCCUAAUGUACCACUAAUCAUUGGUGAACCAUAAUGUGUAUACGCCCCAGCUCAGGAGUUCAGCUCCGGUUCCACAGCCACACUGGGUUCUUGUCCCGGUUCCACCAGGAGAACAGGGCUAUAGUCCCCUGCCUGGUGGGGGUCAUGGGUUCCCUUCAUUUCUGUCUGACGAGUGCACUGCCCCUCCCGACGUCCUCCUGCUACUGUCUGGUCCAGUGGCCCCCCAUCAACCACACAGUCCUGUAACCCCCCAUCCCUUUUCUACACUGACAGUCCAUAAAAUGUCUUCCCUUAACAUCGGCGGUGGUUUAUGAAAAUGGCGGUUCAACAAUAACAUUGUUUCUAAUGGUGACGGUAUGUCAUACCUGUAAAUGAUGUUUAUCUGUCAUGCCUAGUCAAAUAAUUUAAACAAUAAAAAGAGGGAUUUUUUAAAAAUGUCUAUAUUAUCUGAAAGUCCCUUUGAUGUGUAGUUCUGGUGUUACCGUUGUUGUAGUGUAUGUGAUACCCUACUGGGAUUGUGUUACUUUUUAAGAUAAUAAAAUAACAAUGUUUGGUUAAA